AACUUGUCAUGCCAUCUUCAUUACGCAAUAUAAUAACAAAAUGUUCUAAACGAAAUAAAACUUUAUAGAUUGAUGUUUUAGUGUAGAAAAUAGAAAUUGAUAUUUUCUUGACUAGAGUUAGAAAUGGUUCGAAAUGAUUGCGACUAGAGUCUCUUUUCACUGGUUGAUGGAGAUUUGGAUAUCCUAAUCCCUCUUAAAAGAAGUGUUAUAGACUCUUUUCCUUGCUAGUAUUAUGAGUACUCUUUGGGUAUGGAAAACAAGUUUUAUCUUAGAAAGAAAUAAGGCUCUUUAAAAAGAGAAAAUCCCUAAAUUUGUUCGAGUGAAAAAAAAAAAGUUUGAGAUCUUUGAAAAAAUGCUUAUCCGAUGGUAUUCUCUGAUUCAUCCCUUCAUAAAAUUUCAAUUCGGAUGGUUCAGUCAACAAAGAAGGGAGAACAUUUGUUACAUGUUUUAGUGCUAACCUAGAAUAUUGCAAUGUGAGUUUUGCGAAACUCUAGGGUGUUCUUCGCACUGCGUUCUUCACUCAUCAAUGAUGUUGCAUUCAUCAACGGGAGCUUCUCUGCGCUUCUUUUGGCAGCAAUCUGAAUCUCAAUUUGGCAAUGUGGAUUAUGCUAUUUUGUUUGUUGACCACAUGGAUAACAUGGGAUAUCAACCCGACGGCCACACAUUUGGAGCAAUUAUAAAUGGAUUGUGCAAGAUGGGCAACACCCCUGCUGCUAUUGCCAUUCUGAGGAAGACGGAAACAAGAAAGUGCAAACCAAGUGUUACUGUUGCGGGUUAUAACGCAAUUGUGGAUAGUCUUUGCAAGGAUGGGCUGGUAUCCGAGGCUUUGAGUUUAUUCUCCGAAAUGACAACAAAAGGUCUUCAACCCGAUACUAUCACUUACGAUCGCUUGAUUCAAGGACUCUGUACUUUCAGCAAAUGGCAAGAGGCUGCGUCUUUACUCAGCGAGAGGAAACAAAAAGGAAUUAUGCCGGAUACGCAUACUUUUACUAUUUUAGUGGAUGCUCUUUGUAAAGAGGGAAAGAUUUCAAGUGCUAGAGCCAUACUUGGUCAAAUGGUUCGAAUGGGAAAGGAACCUGAUGUUGUCACCUAUCACUCAAUGAUUGCUGGUUAUUGUUUCCAAAAUCAAAUGGAGGAGGCCCUGAAAGUAUUUGAUUUGAUGGUUCACAAGGGAUGCCAACCAGACGUCAACACUUAUACUACAUUAAUCCAUGGAUGGUGCAAGAUCAAAAGGAUUAAUAAGGCUAUUUAUCUCUUGGAUGAAAUGAUCAAUAAUGGUUUAAAUCUGGAUGUUGUGACUUGGAAUACUCUUAUCUAUGGAUUUUGCAAAGUGGGUAAACGAUUAGCGGCUAAAGAAUUGUUUUUUACAAUGCACAAAUUUGGUCAAUGUCCUGAUGUAUUCAGCUGUGCCAUUAUAUUGGAUGGCCUAUUCAAAUGUCAUUUGUCUUCUGAUGCAAUAUCAUUAUUUAGAGAAAUGGAGAAGAAUAAUUUGGAUCUUAAUAUUGUAACUUAUAAUGUGGUGCUCCGUGGGAUGUGCCAUGCCCGAAAACUAAAUGAUGCACUAGAACUCUUCUCUUGUCUGCCAGCAAAAGGCUUGAAACCUGAUCAAUAUACUUAUACAAUAAUGAUCCAAGGUCUAUGUAGGGAAGGACUUCUGAUUGAUGCUGAAGAGAUGCUUAUGAAUAUGGAAGAGCAUGGUUGCUUGCCAGAUAGCUGCACAUAUAACGUCUUCAUCCAAGGAUUACUACGACGAAAUGCUUUUUUGAAGUCAAUAAAAUAUUUUCAGAUUAUGAAAGACAAAGGUUUUGCAGCAAAUGCUACAACCAUGGAAUUGCUUGUAGAUUACCUCUCUACGCACAAAGGAGAGAAUGCUUUUCAAGAAUUUGUGCAGAAAAUUGUUUGAAUAUAUAUCAAUAUAACGUCUUAAUUCUUUAUUUGAAUCGAGGAUUUGAUGUUUGUGCAGAAACUGAUACUUCCAUGCUGCUUUUGGUUUUCAA